GCAGUGAUACGCCCUUCUCUCUCAGACCAGAGGCAGACGAGACUUGAGGAGGACAUUGCGACCGGAGCAGUGAAAAGUGAACAGUGUGAUUCGAACGACAAUCGGUGUCCGGUGAGUUGGCGUCCCUGUGUGAGAACCGAGAUCAAGCACGGUGGCAUUAGGUGAACCCUGUGUGCCUGACAUGAGCAGAUGGCCCGAAUGGUGCCGAUCCAUUCACCGGCCCAGCUGCUGCUGCUGCUGGCGGUGGCUGCGUUGACGGUCUCAGUCGUGACGUUACGGGCCGAUCGGCCCGAUGCCUGCCAUUUGGCGGCCGGCCUCUGCGACCGGGAACGGUUAACCACCAUGCUGGACUCGAUCUACUCGACCAGCUCCCAGCGGCCAGACCACUCGCAGGACCUGCUCGACUGGGGCACUCUCAACGGGGGUGGCCCACUCAACGACACGGGCGGCAGCCUGGGCGCCUAUCUGCUCCACGAGCAGAAACCACGAGCCAAGCGAGAGCUGGACCCCAUCCAGCGCGAUCCGGAAGAGACAGGAUACAUUGCGUCACUCAACUCGAAGGUGUUCAGCAUCAACGUACCGUUCAACCCGGCGUACAGCGACCGGGUUUCGGUGGAGUGUCGACGCCAGUCGGCCCUGUUUCUGCGAUCGUACGAGUCGUCGGACAUUUGGGCGCUCAGAAUGCACGACGCUAGCGCCAAAAUCGGCAAUGGCAUUUUGAACGGCAACAUCAACCAGUACGGCGAUUUCGACCAAUGCCUCGGUAUACUGCAGCCAGGCGCAGGUGCUAACCCCGGUGCCCGGCCCGUGCAGGGACGCUACUGUAUGGCGGAAGUGCAGCCGACGGUCAAGCCGAACACUGUGGUGCUAAAGUAUCUCUUCGAUCUGGCGCAAGCGCACGGUAUGCUGAGGAGCAGCCUGCAUGAUCCUGGCCAUCGGGUUCCCCGGUUCUCGACCGUGCACUGGGCUCUCUGCGUGCCGGCCGGUUGCACGGCGGCCGACGUCCAGCUGUCGCUGGGCGAGUUCCUGCAGGCAUACAUCAACGACACGGGCAUCGGGACGGAGGUAAAGGUAAGUCCGGACCUCUGCCAAACGAAGCACCACAUAUGGCUGGAGUAUUUUACCGAUCGGACGCUGCUCGUCUGGUGUGGCUUGGCGCUCUACUUGGCGCUGAUUCUGGUCGCCACCGUGUACGACUGGAAACGGCACACGAAAGCGGAUGGGGAUCCAGCUGAGUUGCUGACGGCAUUUUCGUUGAUUCGAAAUGUCCGUGCGAUCGUCUGCCUGAAGGAGGAGCGCAACGAUAUUGCGUGUGUGCACGGGAUCCGCUUCCUGAACGCGAUGCUGCUACUGAUUGCGCACAAAUCGAUGGCCCUCUUCUUCAACCCGUACGUCAAUCGGACGGAAAUGAGCGAGAUCCUCGGCCAACCGUGGACGGUGAUCGGGCGAGCGGCGGCCAUCUUUACCGAUCCGUUCAUCAUGUUCAGUGGCUUCCUGACCACGUUCUCCUUCGUGGAGCGCCUGCAGAAAGGACACCAGAUCCGGCUGCACCAGGAGUACGCCGGGCGCCUGCUGCGCAUAGUGCCACCGCUCGGGGCGCUGAUCCUGUUCUGCACGUUCGUGCUGCCAUUUCUCAGCGAUGGUCCGCUCUGGAACCUGGUGGUCACCAACCAUGGCGACAUCUGCAAGCGGUACUGGUGGCGCAACCUGCUGUUCAUCCACAACUACUUUGGCUUCAAGAACAUGUGCCUAACGCACACGCACCACGUCGGCAUCGACACAGAGCUGUUCUUCGUGGCCCCGCUGUUCAUCUACCUGCUCUGGCGCUGGCCCCGGCGCGGCAUCGUCGGCCUGGUGGCGAUUGCCGUCAUUACCACAGUCCAUCGGUUCUACACCACGUACCGCUUGCGGCUUGCCAACUACGUCUACUUCGGCACCUCGGUGAAACAGCUGUUCGACACGGCCGAUCACAUGUACACUCUGCCGUACUACCGCGUCACCGUGUACAUCAUGGGUGUCAUUCUAGGAUACGCUUGUUCGAGGUACAAAACGACGAAACUGAGCACGCAACAACUCCGGACGGGCUGGUACGUCAGCACCGCCUCGAUCGCGCUAGCGUUCUUCGGUCCCGCCCCGAUGGGUUCGCUGCACUACGUCUACAAUCCGCUGCACGCCGCCAGCUACGCCGCGUUCUCACCGAUCGCUUGGUGCCUGUUCUUCGCGUGGAUCGUGUUUACUGCCAAUCUGGGCUACAGCAACAAGCUGAUCGAGUUUCUUUCGUGGCGUGGUUUUCGUGUCACCACCCGAAUCUCGUAUGCCAUCUACCUCACGCAGUUUCCCAUCUUCUUCUACAACGUUGGCCGCACCAGAGUACCACUGUUUUUCGAAUUCUGGCCCGCCGUGAUCUUUAACACCAAUGAGUACGCCGUAGUGUUUCUAGCCUCGUUCCUACUAACUGUACUGUUCGAAACUCCAUUUAUCAACAUCAAAAAAAUUCUCUUCCGAACUAAACCCCGAAGAAAGAAAACCCUGACCGAUGCUCCGGCGGCCAGCAGCAUAACCAAACCAUCGGAACCGUCGGUGUACGUAGGAAAGGCCACUGGCCUAGUAGACAGCAUUGAUGAGAACGAAAAUGACCAAUCAUCCCCGGUUCUAGAAGAAAACACUACAAACAAAUACUAAAAUGGUUUACCCUACAAAGAAGGUAACAAGGCUUUUUGUGGAGAAUUAACUGAACCCACUUCACCAUACGAAGGAAAAUGCUGGACUGAUUGGUGGAAGCGUGGCGGGCCGUUCUAUACGUUAACAUUCUUGGAGAAUUUAUGAUAAAUUAAUAAAACACGCUACUAUUACAGACCGGCUUUGCGUUAAGGUAGUCCGGCUGAGUUGAGUGGAAAACAAGGAAUUUCCCUUCUAAUCUAACCCGCUGCACAAACCGUUGCAACAUUAUUCUGCUUCAUUCCUGCUAAACAUGUCUAUUGGAUUGUACUAUGUAUCCUUCAAGUACUAUGUAUGUACUAUGUUCUAUUGGAUUGUACAGGGUGAGCAAAUUAGUGUGCAUUUUUUCAUUUGGCUAUAAAACAAAAACGGCUCAAUAUUUUUUUAUGCUUGAACUUUUAUUUGAAAGGUUGAUUCUUAACAUUUAUGUAUAAAAUACAAUUUUGGUUGCAGAAAAUUUGGAAAUAUGAAAAAAUAUUUCCAAAGUGGUAGGACGUCAAAUCAUUCGUCAAAAACACAUUUCAUUGAAGAUCAUUUCCACCUCUGUGGCUAUGUUAAUAAGCAGUAUUGUGGUUCAGAAAAGCCUUAAAUCGUGCAAGAGAAGCCAAUGCAUCCACAACGAGUGACUGUUUGGUGCGGAUUUUGGCUGUUUGGGUUUUCGGCGAAAUUGACGCUGAGAACUUGGACGGCGUUUGGUUUGAACAGGACGGCGCUACGUGCCAUACAGUGACAGCCACAAUCAAUAUUUAUGUUAU